AUGAUAUCUCGCCCAGUGACACUUUUCAGCUUCCGUUACCAACCUCCCACCGCUCGUUGUCGCAUCCACAUCUUUCAAGACCACUUUCUACGGAUACCUUCUAUACACGACACUAUUACCGAUACAGCACCACACCACCCUAGUCGAAGACCUACAUUCUACUCCAUACACCAAGUAGCCGUGCCUCGGAGGCCAAGCAUUCACGCAUCCACGCACUCGCCCAUCGUGGCACCGAAUGCAUCCUGCCGUUUAUCCCUUUUGCGUCCGGUAGCAGCACAGCGCAUCGACAAGGAAAACGCCGCCAAAGUCAAAAGGUCCAGCUGCCAACAGCACAGGCAGGGCAAGGUUCUCGACGGUACGGUACCUUGCUGUACGGCUACGCUACAGCGUAAUCCACAGGACGGGAAUCCACUGCCUGGCGUAUCAUCCACCAGCACCCGCAAAAGCAUCACCACCAACAACGGCGGCAUCAAAUUCCAAGUACGGAGUAUUACAUCGGCGCAUCGCAACCUCGGGCCAGGUCCCUUACCUCACAGACUGGCUUGGCCGCCGUCCUUUUUGACUUUGACCUCGUCAACCUCGCAACUCGCACCCGUCAACAAACCCCCUCCGAGUUCCCAACCUGGCCACCAAUCCCCUGCGAUGCCUCGACCUUUCAUCCUUUGUUCCUGGCAAACCCUCGAACCCACGGACAAUUUUUUCCAAGACCAGCAUUCGCAUUGCGUCUCCCGUCUCUGCUUGUGUGCCUGCACUCGAUCAAGACAGCCAGCCAGCCAGCCAUAA